GAAAAACACAAGUAAUUUCACUUUCAGUGAUAACGUUGUACUUAACGAACGUAGUGAAAUUGUUUCUGUUAUAUUCUCCAAUCUCCAAUUCGAAGUGUCGGACACGUGAUGUAUGUUGCACGACCUUACAACAUGUCCGUUAUGGGUUUUAGCCCUACAUGGACAUAGCUCCCGUGUGUAAGACUGACUGUACUGCUAUAGAUAACCCAAUAGGUUAUAGACAGCCAAGAACAUAAGCGUCUUUUGGCAAACUUAAUCCAACUACGGUUGUUGCGGCGUUUUUAAAUAUCGGACCCAUCAGAAAAGUGGUUUAUUCAGUUUGUCGGAUAAUUAAUUCAUCGAUAGCCAAUCCCAAUUAAUGGCUUCAAUUCAAGAAGAAGAAUGAAGAAUUAAUUGAAUCAUUACGGUAAGUUUAACCAAUUUAACUUUAACUUUGUAUAUACGUUACAUAUUCUCAUAAGAAACGUUAAGAAUUCUCGAUGAUUUGCGAUAAAAUUGAAAAAAGGGUAAAAUUAAAAACAAUAAUUAUCAAAACCAAUAAUUAUACGUUCUAAGAUAGCUGGACAUUUUAGAUUUGUAAAGAAAAAAUAUCUGUAAAAAAUGUAUCGAAACAUAAAUUCCGAAUAGAGCUUUCAUUUCCAUUUCCUCGAUUGCUCGCACGUGGUUCGAAACGGUUCACGUUUUUGUCUUGUGCGCAUGCGCCUCAUGUAAGCAUAGAUACAGAGAGAUAAACAUAGCAGAAGCAUUUUACCAACACUUGCGAAGCAUGAAAGCUUUUGUAAAAUGUCAAUAAGCACAGUAAAAAUGGUAGGACGUGGAGAAGGACAGGUCUAUUAUACAAGUGCCCCAAGUACAGAACUAUAGGCGGGCAGUGAAACGUUACGCAUUGUACAAAUAAACAAUAGUCUGCACUUAAUUAAUGAGUUACUCGCUACGGGUAGUAAGCUACUGUCCGUGCUUGCAUAUCGCCUUAAUACGCGCUUGAGAAAGGCUUUCGUUCAGUGAUUGCAUAUGGUGCAGCAGUCAAAGAAGAAAAAAUACAGUUUGGCUACACGUCAUACUAGCGCCCACACGAAAGAGCAUUUUCCGCGAACGUCACAGGUGUGCUAAAGAAAUAAUCCCGCAGAAGGUUCAAUUACUCGAAGCGAUCUGUGAAUGUGAAUUCAUUCGACACGCAGGCAGAGCGUCAUCGAAGUGAGGAGCGCGACAAAUAUGUCUGUAAAUAUACGCAUCGAUGAGGCUCGCUCCCUUGGGGACCAACAUGACCAACAAGGUUGCGAUGGACAGACGACGUGUGAGGAAGCGUGUCGUGACGAUGGCGAUGUGGAGGUGGACAUGAAAUUUGGUUUGUUCGUGGAUACUGAUCGUUCGAUGCCUCGGAAUGUAUCGGAAGAGGAGUUCGAUUUUGAUUCCGCUUUCAGUUCCGAAUCGAACCAAGGACUCACCGAUGAAAGUACGAUUGACCACCUGGACGACAGAAUGCUGCCAGAUGGUGCAGUCGAACGGGAGCGGCUGAAAUCCCUGGAAGACGAACAUGAAAUCCUGUCGUCGAAUUUGAUUGCACUGACAUCACAUUUUGCCCAGGUGCAGCUACGACUGAGGCAAAUAGUGGAAGCGCCACCGCAGGAGCGGGAUACUUUGCUGAAAAAUCUGGAAGAGUUUGCCUUCCUUGGCAUACCGGAAAUACAACAGAAUCCGGUGAAGCAAAACAUUCCCGAAAUUGUGGCCAAUCUCGACAAGAGCCCCGAAUCGGUGGAAAAUCUGCGCGAAAAACAACAGGAGCUUAUCGGGCAGCUGAAGUCGCAGCUAAUGGACCUGGAGCGAUACGCAUACGAGUCUGGGGCGGGCAUCCUACCACAAACGAUUCUUCUGGAAAAGCAGAAAGUAAUCAUCGAGGAAAUAAAGAAGAAAAUCAACCUUAACUUGAACGAGCUCGACUUGCCACAGCUGACAUCGGAAGAUCUGCGUCAGCAAGUAGACAGCGCUCUCGAUGAGCUAGUGAAUCCACUGAAGAUGAAGGAACAGUUAGUGACGCAGCUGAAAACGCAAAUUCAGGAUCUCGAGCGGUUCAUCAGCUUCCUGCAGACAAACGAGAAAGCGGAAAUAAAAAAACGUUUCCUGGAGCAGCAGAAGCAACAGGAACAGAGAGCCGAGGCAUCCAAGGGAAACGAGGGCCGAUCGCAACAUUCGUCGGAUCGUCACACUCUUUCAAAGCCUAUGUCCGCUCACCCGAGUAACGGCACCAGUGCAAGCCAGGCUGCAGCGAAACGGGAAUCGUUCAAUAGCAAAGCGUUUGGUUUGAUGGAUAAAGCCGGAACGCUGCUACAAAUGUUCGCCCUGUCGCAGUUCAACUGUGGAAGUGAGCAUCGAAACAGCGAGACAAACUAUCAAACCAAGAUGAUGACCCGCACGCGACAAAACUGUUGGGGCGAUAUUCGAGCAAGACUGGAGUACGACGUGCAGGAGAUAGCGUCUUUGGCGCUAACAAUGCAAAAUGAAAUAUCACCUAAGGAAGCGGACCACAACGACGAGGAAGACGAGGACUCGAACCGUCCUGGCCGUGACAAUAGGAAGAAUUACGAAUUGACUCUGCUUGUUCGCAAGCGUUUGGCGAAAACUAUCCAACGGUUAAUGCAGCACGGUUUGCGGAGCAUUUCCGAGAGUGCGAGCCACAGCCUUGUACCAUUCAUUUCCGGGUGCUUUUCUACUACGGGCAGCGGCCAUAGUGGUACCAAUCAUUCCAGCAUGAGCGGCCGUGCAAAUGAAAGUUUCUACCGCUCGGAAGUUAGACGAAAGAGUACCGGGACAACGACUACUGCGCCGAAGAAACAAUCGUCGUAUGUGGAGGAGGAUACGUCGAAUGCGGCCGUUAUGGAGGAUAAUCUGUUUUCUCAGUUAGAUGACGAUGAAGAAGAGGAUAUGGAACCCCAAUUCGAUAGCAAUAACAAGGACGAAAUGCAUGUCUGGGAGUUGCUGCUGGUGUAUUACAAUAUAAAAAAUGGUGAUCGUUACAACUCGACGCCGGCUAGAAAGUUGUCAGAAAGCUUCAACCUGGACAUCGUGGACGGUAGACCGUUGUCGAACAAACAGAGUCUUCUCAGUGCUAUUGGGUCGAUCAUAGCAUUACACAGUCCCUACAAGAGAAGCUACGAUUCACAGUUUAAGGCAUUCGUAUGUGCCGGAUUGAAUGCCCAGAAGUUAACACAAUGGCUGUACCUUAUAUUCCAGUGCAAAGAGCUGGUUAGCUCGCAUUAUGCCAGCUGGAGCUAUGUGGCCAACACCGGAUUUCGCGACGCUUUAAAAACGUUGGAUUGCUUGACACAGUACCGGUUUGAUCUUCCAGUCGAUUUAUCAAUUCGUCAGUUUAAAAACAUCAAAGACGUUUUUAUGUACCUGUCCAACAACAACCGAAACAUCUGCCGAUCACCUAUCGCCGAGGCGGUGUUCUUAAAAGCAAUCGACACGGCUGGCGUAGCAGAUCAGUGGGAAGUAGACAGUGCGGCCAUAGGAUCGUGGCACGUUGGACGAAGCCCUGACCAUCGGGCUCUGGCAACAAUGAAAAAGCACGAUCUACCGUACAGCAACAAAGCUAGGCAGAUUAAAAAGGCGGACUUUGAGCAUUACGAUUACAUUUUCGGAAUGGACGGGGAGAACAUUGCUGAUUUGAAGGAACGCGCGCCCAAGGGAGACAGCAAAGCGAAAAUACUACUGCUGGGUGAUUUCGAUCCGCAACAGCCUGGUGCUAUCAUACGCGAUCCGUACUAUGAUAGCGGCUCGGAAGGGUUCGAGCAGUGCUACGUGCAGUGUUCCGUGCUGUUCGAACAACCGAGGUGCUGGUGUGAAGCUCUUCUUCCGUAUCGCGAACACCGUUGUCGUUGUGGUCGCCGUAGUUUUCCGUCGUCGAAAAAUCAUUGCUUUCCGGAAUCCAAAAGCUGUGGAAAAGGUGCCAACAUGAGUGUCGACGCUGCCGUUCCUCAACCCGCGGAUUCCUCCAAGGUGAUGAAUGGCAUGAUGGAACUGCCGAACGGCGUAAGCAACGGUCACUCGGGCGGUGGAGGUGAAAACGGCGAUCGUCAUAAAAGCCACAAAAGCUCUAGCAAGGACAAGCAUCGUGACAAAGAUCGUGACAAAAAUCGGGAUAAGGACAAGCAUCGCGAUAAAGAUCGCGAUCGAGAGAAGGACAAGAAUCGCGAUAAGCACAAGAGCAGCAGCCAUUCGUCUUCUUCGAAAAGUGGUAGCAGCUCAUCGAAGGAUAAAGAGAAGUCUGACAAGGAGAAACAUAGCUCUAGUAGUAGCAGCAACAAGGAUAAGGAAAAAAGCCACCACAGUAGCUCGUCGUCGCACAAAAGUUCCAAAAGCGAUAAGGAUCGGUCGAAGGAUAAGGAACGGGACAAAGACAAACAUCGAAGCCGCGAAGAUGGCAAGGAUCGUGACCGUGAUCGCGACAAGAAGGAUCGCGACAAAAGCAGUCGAAGCGAUAAAGACAAGGACAAGCACAAAUCGUCAUCCUCGUCCUCGUCGAACAAAGACAAGGAUCGGGAUAAGCAUAAGAGUAGCAGCAGCAGCUCUAGCCGCGACAAGGAUAAGGACAAGAACAAACAUUCCAGCUCGAGAAGGGACAAGGAUAAGCACUCCUCGUCGUCGUCAUCCUCCAAACAUAAGGAUCGGCACCGAGAUGAGAAAGUAGCUUCGGGCGAGGUGAAGGUGAAGGAAGAACCGGAGCCUGUUACGACGGAAUUCUUAAACGGAGAAGGGUAUAUACCCCAGCAGAAUGACGCGAUGGUGGAAAACCACGCAGGACCUGUGGGAGGAAAGUUGGACAUUUCCCAGGCAAGUUCGUGCGAUUACUCGAUGUCGCAGUUCCGCGCCGACGAGACACCAUUUGCGUUGAAGCAAAAUGAAACGAUGGACCAAAACACUUCCAACCAGGGCGACGAUUAUCAGAAUAACGAUGACGAAGAGGGAGAUGACGCAAGUCGUUAUAAUGAUUUUAACACUGAGAAUGGUCAUCACCAUGAACAACAGCCCCAUAUGUACCAGCAGCAGCAACACCAGCAGCAAGGAUAUUUUGGUGGCAUGCAACAGCAGCACGAACAGUAUCAGGCGAACGUUCAGGCCGCUAUCAAGAUGGAGCCGCUAGAUAUCAAAGAUGAACCGCAAUCUGGCCAGGAGGGGGAGGAAGAGUCCGAGGACGAUAUACCACUAUCAAAGCGGAAGAAACGCGAGGCUGAAGAAGGCUACGAUGAAGAUGGUAGAAAGAAGAAGAUUAAGACGGAGAAAAAGGAUAAGAAAAACAAAAAGCGCUCGCAUGAUUCCGAUGAUGCCAACGAAAACGACGAUGAUGUCAAUAGCAGCAAGAAGAAACUGAAGAAGACUAAAAUAAAAAAGGAGCCAGGAGUAGAACCACCCACGCAACAAGCGAAGAAGAAUGCUAAGGCUGCCCCCCCAAUGCCUGGAACCAAUCAGGCAAGAACCGGCGAUCAGGCUGGAACCGGCAAGACUGGACGAGCUCGGGUAAAGAAGGAAGAAGAAGAGCAAGAAGUAUGGAAAUGGUGGGAGGAGGAAAAGCGCGACGACGGCGUCAAAUGGAAGUAUUUGGAGCACAAGGGGCCUGUAUUUGCACCACCGUACGAUCCACUUCCUUCGCACGUGAAGUUCAUGUACGAUGGCAAAGAAAUGAAGCUCUCGCAGGAUGCGGAGGAAGUGGCAGGCUUCUACGCGCGCAUGCUGGAACACGACUACACAUCCAAGCAAGCGUUCAAUGACAACUUCUUCAAGGAUUGGCGCAAAACGAUGACGCCCCACGAGCGGGAGCGCAUCACCGACUUGGAAAAGUGUAACUUCCGUCCUAUGGCAGCGUACUUCGCGGAAAUAGCCGAGCAGAACCGGAAUCGCAGCAAAGAGGAGAAGGCUGCACUGAAGGCGGCGAACGAGCAGCUGACGAAGGAGUACGGCAUUUGCGUUAUCGAUGGGCAUAAGGAAAAGAUUGGAAACUUCAAAAUAGAACCGCCCGGUUUGUUCCGCGGCCGUGGCGAGCAUCCGAAGAUGGGCCUGGUGAAGAGGCGCGUUAUGCCCGAGGACGUCAUCAUCAAUUGCUCGCAGGACAGCAAAAUACCGUCCCCACCGCCAGGUCGCCGAUGGAAGGAGGUGCGCCACGACAACACUGUAUCGUGGCUAGCUUCCUGGGUCGAAAAUGUGCAGGGGCAGGUGAAGUACAUCAUGCUGAAUCCCAGCUCCAAGCUGAAGGGCGAAAAGGAUUGGCAGAAGUACGAAACGGCGCGUCGGUUGCUGAAGCACAUCGAUAAAAUUCGAGACACGUACCGCGACGAGUGGAAGAGCAAGGAGAUGCGUAUCCGACAGCGCGCGGUAGCGAUGUACUUUAUCGAUAAGCUUGCGCUGAGAGCGGGCAAUGAAAAGGACGACGAUCAGGCCGAUACGGUCGGUUGCUGUUCGCUGCGUUACGAGCACAUAGCGCUGCACAAGGAGCUGAACGGUAAAGAGAACGUGGUUGUGUUCGAUUUCCUCGGUAAGGAUUCCAUCCGCUACUACAAUGAGGUGGAGGUGGAGAAGCGUGUCUUCAAGAACUUGGAGCUGUUUAAAGAAAACAAAAAGCCGGGCGACGAUCUGUUUGACCGGUUAAACACGUCCGUAGUGAACGAAUAUCUGAAGGGAUUGAUGGAUGGGCUCACUGCCAAAGUGUUCCGUACUUUCAACGCAUCUUACACAUUGCAAAAGCAGUUGGAAGAAUUGACGGAUCCUAACAUGUCCGUACCGGAAAAGCUGCUUGCUUACAAUCGUGCAAAUCGUGCUGUCGCUAUUUUGUGUAACCAUCAGCGGGCCGUCCCGAAAACGCACGAGAAAAGUAUGGGCAAUCUGAAGGAAAAGAUUCGCGUGAAGCGCGAACAGGUUGAACAGUGUCAAAAGGAAUUCAAGGAUCUCAAGAAAAGUAAUGUUCGUGAUCCGAGCGCGUUUGACAAGAAGAGCAAACAGUUGGAAAGGCUAAAGGAGCAGCUGAAGAAGUUGGAGCUCCAGGAAACGGAUAGGGAUGAAAAUAAAACGAUCGCUCUGGGCACAUCCAAGCUGAACUAUCUGGAUCCGCGUAUCUCCGUGGCUUGGUGUAAGAAGUUCGGAGUACCGAUUGAGAAGAUUUUUAACAAGACACAGCGUGACAAAUUCCGAUGGGCAAUAGAUAUGGCCGACGAAAACUACGUAUUUUAAAAGAAAGAAAAAAAAAACAACAACGGGACAUUAUGGACGUGCGUUGCGAUGGUUUUUGCAUAUAAAGCAAACCACCGAAGCAGUCGUCCUACAUGGACACUCGUACUAUGCGUGUCGAAUGAAAAACAUCAUUUUGUUCACCAUUUAUCAUAUUCAGCUGUGAGGUAACCACGAUGCAGUGGUAUUGAACUUCCUUUAGAUACCUAGGAAAGGAUCAGUUUCGCGACAGCUUGGUCCUAAUCGAUCCAGCCGCGAUGCACUUUUGCAAUGAAAGAUUCGCAAACCGUACGCAAUUCUAAUAUACAUUUAGAGUUUUAUUUGUUAAGAUUUGAACGCAUCUCUUGAGGAGACCGUUUUACGCGUGCCCGUAGCGUAAAACACUCUUUGGUAUGAUGUUAGAGAGACCACACGUUCUGUGCAAGUAUGUCGAUUAUCUUUUAUUUUAAGAUAUAAUGUUUCGGGGCAGACACACGCAAGACGAUCGAUUAUGAUGUCCAACCAUGUUAGAAUAAAAUGAUAUGGUUGAAGAAGAAAAUACAGCAUUGUACCCUUGAUGUGCGGUUCCAUUACAAGGGCUACUUUCCUAUUGUAUAUGUGCAUGCAUUGUAGGCAACUACACGCAUAUAACUAGAACAAAACAUUGGUCAGACCUAAGCGUAGUCGUAUGUUUGAAAUUUUUGUGAAAUUCAGUGCGACAGUGUUAAGGCGUAGAACUAAACGUGGCAGAGAGAGAAAGAGCAAGAGAGAGAAAAAAAAAGAGAGAGAGAGAGAUAUGUAGAAAGGUUUAAUUUAUUUUAGUAAAAUUCCAUCAAUCAAACUGCUCGAGACUAUCUCUCCGCACAUCAGUAGAAGAAGGGCUACAGAGGUUUUAGAAAGCCCAAGAACGUUAAUUUACAAAUUCGAGUGAAAAAGGUUCGUCACACUUCUGAUUUUAUCCUUUAUUCGCUUUAACCUGCUUCUCUCAUGUAUGGCGAGGGUUGUUAGUUACGUGCGUAGUGAAGGUUAAUUGUUUCCUCUCCGUUACAACAACAACAAAACUGCUAAUGUGUGUGAAGUUAGUGAUGUUUCGGACAUAGUUUUAUAUUUUCUUAGCAAAACACAAACAAUUAGAUAAAUUAACAGGGUGGUCUCGUGGGCCAGUCGUCAACUCGCACGACUUAUCAAGCCAACCAAUGCCCGUCGUGGGUUCAAACCUUAUAUGGACCGUCGCCCCAUAGCAAGGACUGACUACAUCCGGCUGCGUGGUACUAAUAAGUCCCGAAAGCCCUUUGUAUCGAGCCGGCAUGACCGCGAUGGUCGUUACGCCAAGAAGAAGAAAAAGAAGAAGAACAUGAUCGUGUAUAAUAGUAUUGGAUUCCCAUAACGUGAGUGCGUGUGUUUAGUUAGUAAUUACGCAUUGAUGAAGCGCGUAAAGCUCGCAAAUUUCACGCGAGUGUUUUCUGGCGGAGAGGGCUAGCAGCAGGAAUGUUCUCUCUAUUACACCACGAUAAAGGCAAUAAGGUCGUACUUGGCACACCCGUUCUUCCGGCAGAUAAACCAGCCAGUGUAUAUUGUUUGUGCUCCUGUGUGUAUACACAUAAACAUACUCACACACACACUGACAUUGUUUUCAAACUCUGCACAAUCAUUUGAUAUGUUAAGUUGUAGUAUUUAGGUGCGUAGAUGAUUUAUUUGGUUCGUGACACGAUGUUACUAGGAGUGCACUCUGCUGAAGCAAAACAGAAAUCAGUGUAAAAUACUUUGAUAGGAUUUAAAGAUGACUCAAAAAACAAAAUAUAUGCAUAUAUAUUUAAAACAAAAAAAAACAACACAAACACACCCAUAUGAUACACUAAUGGAUCGCAUCUGAUUGUAAGAGGAGACAUGUUUGUGUGGAAAGCAUCGACUAACAAUCGUGUAGGGGAGGGGGAUGGUAACUUUUAAGCAAAGAGUACAUUACACAACACAACAGCAAAGGAUCAAUUUGGUAUUUAGGGGGGGUGGUGUAAUACAAGCACUGGAAGUGUGAUGCCUAACAUUAAAGACUAUCGAUGGAUCAGAAGAAGGAAGGAAGGAGGGAAGGAGGAAGGGGGACUCGCUGUUUGUAUGUUUACGAACGGAAGUUUUGGUUUGUUUUACUCUGGAAACCUAUGAAGCGCAAGACACGAGUGUUUCAUGGGAUGGGACAUCCGUUAACAACAGUUGCAUACCCCAUUUACCGUUACAUCGCUCUAUCUACAUACACAUCUAAGCAUCUUGACUUGAUAGUGGAUAAUGAUCGAGUAAACUAAACUAUAGAAAGGCGAAACGUUUUGGGUUUCGUAAAAAAAAAAAAAAAAUAGCACACUCAUAUAUAACAACAAACGUGAUAAGAAAGAGCGGUCAGAGCUGCGCUGCCGAUGCAAGAGGGGUCUACUUCUUUGAAUCAUCUCACCGAAACCCAUCAUCUCAUAUCGAUCGAUCACCUUCAUCUCAAAGCCGUUUUAUUUGCAAUACUUAAUUUUAAAACGCUUUCAGUGUGAAUGUCCCUUUGCGAUGACGAAUGCCAUUAGAAUGGCGUUAUAUAGAGUAGAGAAUGAGAAUUCAUGCAAUUACUAGACCUUCAAUUCAGGUACGACGAAAAUUGUACGAAAAUUCGCGUGAUGUUAACAGGACAGAAGGCCGAGCUGAACCAGCGUUACAGCAGUAGCAAAGGAAAGGAAAGCAAAACACACACACACACAGAAAACCACCAUUACAACAUUUGCGUACCGCCGAAACUAUGAAUGAAGCAAGGGAGACAAAUGGUCAAGCGUGUAUGCCAUGGAAAAAGGGAAGCAGAUGAUCCUCCUGCACACAUCGAUGCAUCUGGGGAGGAGGGGUGGGGCACACGAAGCCCAAUUCCCUCGAGACGAGUGAGGGAGACAAGGUUCGAGUUCACAUGGAAGGCAAAAUGCAUGUGCAAAGACAGCAGCAACGCAACUACUGUAAACAGUAAGUAGUGGCUGGGAGGGAAUUUGAAACGGAACUAAAAACAAAUUACAUAGAAAAAAAAAACAUAUUGAGGAGAGAGAAGUGCGAAGGGCUGACGAAUUGAUGAUAUGAUGCAGAUAAUACAUGAUUUAAAUAAAUAACUUUAAGUGAAAAUCCAUUA